AUGAGCGAAGUUGCUGAACAAGUACCCGAACAAGAAUAUCAGGAAGAGUCUGAAGAUGAGGAACUCUUUUAUACCGAGAUAGAUGAGUUGCAAAACCAUGGUAUUAAUGCUGCCGAUAUUCAAAGACUCAAAGCAGCUGGCCUCUGCACCGUUCGAGCAAUAACCAUGACAACCAGGAAAAAUCUAUGCAAAAUUAAAGGAUUUUCAGAAGCCAAGGUUGAAAAAUUAAAAGAAGUCGCUUCAAAACUCCAGAGUUCGACUUUCAUUACAGCCACGGAAUUCUAUCAGAUACGCGCCAAGGUUAUGUACAUAUCCACCGGAAGUAAAAUGUUAGAUGGCGUACUGGGAGGCGUGCCCACUAUGGCGAUCACGGAAGCAUUUGGCGAAUUCCGUACUGGGAAAACUCAAAUCGCUCAUACCUUAUGCGUAGUAGCACAGUUGCCACCAUCAGUCGGGGGAACUAACGGAAAGGCUGCGUUCAUCGAUACCGAAGGAACUUUUCGUCCCGAACGAAUAAAGGCAAUCGCUGCAAGAUUUGGUAUUGAUCAAGAUGCUGCGCUCGAGAAUAUCCUAUUUGCCCGUGCAUAUACUUCUGAGCAUCAAAUGGAAUUGAUUGUAGAAUUGGCCGCUCGGUUUUCGGAAGAGAAGGGAAUAUACCGACUGCUUGUCAUCGACUCGAUCAUUGCACUUUUUCGAAGUGACUUUUCGGGUCGGGGUGAACUCGCUGAACGACAACAGAAACUUAAUACAAUGUUGAGUCGACUUGUUAAAAUUGCCGAGGAAUUUAAUGUCGCCGUUUAUAUUACUAAUCAGGUCCAAUCUGAUCCUGGCAGCAGUAUGAUGUUUGUCAGUGAUCCCAGAAAACCUAUAGGCGGACAUGUUCUAGCUCAUGCCUCUACUAUUAGAUUAUAUCUUCGGAAAGGACGCGGUGAGGAACGUAUCGCCAAAGUUUACGAUUCACCAGACAUGCCCGAAGCUGAAGCACGUAAGUUCUGA